UGUUUGCCGAAAGAGUCGAAAGACAUAGACGCCGUUAAAACGACCGUUAUCUCCCACCCCUAUAUAAAAGCUUCACAACCCCAACCAUACUAUUCGUCACCAUUUUCCUCACAGGGCAGCUUCCCAGAUCUGCCCAACUCCACCUCCUGUCAUAACCAUCUGAGAUAAAAAUGGGGCUGUCUUUCACCAAGCUUUUCAGCCGGCUUUUUGCCAAGAAGGAGAUGCGAAUUCUUAUGGUGGGUCUUGAUGCGGCUGGUAAGACCACUAUCUUGUACAAGCUCAAGCUGGGAGAGAUUGUGACCACUAUUCCUACCAUUGGUUUCAAUGUGGAGACUGUGGAAUAUAAGAACAUCAGCUUCACUGUCUGGGAUGUUGGGGGCCAGGACAAGAUUCGGCCAUUGUGGAGACAUUACUUCCAAAACACUCAGGGGCUUAUCUUUGUGGUUGAUAGCAAUGAUCGCGACCGUGUGGUUGAGGCCAGGGAUGAGCUUCACCGGAUGUUGAAUGAGGAUGAAUUGAGGGAUGCUGUGCUGCUUGUAUUUGCAAACAAGCAGGAUCUUCCAAAUGCUAUGAAUGCUGCUGAGAUUACUGAUAAGCUUGGUCUUCACUCCCUCCGCCAACGCCACUGGUAUAUCCAGAGCACGUGUGCCACUUCAGGGGAAGGCCUCUACGAGGGUCUAGACUGGCUUUCCAACAAUAUUGCUAACAAGGCUUAGGAGAUCCAUAAAUCUUCAGCAACUUUUUGGGCUGCAAUCCUGUCAAAGGGGGAUGUUAGCGCUUGUUAUUUGAUGUUCAUGCGUUUUACUAUGUUACUGUUCCGAGAAUAUAUCUGUUUGUUUAGAUAAUUGUUACUAUAUGAUACAAAUUUGGCAUUUGGCCUUGUAGAUUCUAAAUAAUUCAUGAUUCACAGUCUAUACAUUUUUUUA